AUGCUGGAGAUAGGAGAGCGUCUAAUCCCUACUGAUUUUGAAAUCAUAGUAUCGGAAGAAUCAAAGAGGAACCGGCUGAUACUUGGAACCCCAUUCCUAGCCACAGCCGGUGCGAUCAUAGACUACAUGAAAAACCGCAUAUCACUUGGAAAUGUCAGGGAAUAUAUUUUCUUCCAAAGCAUCAACUUCAAGACAGCACCAAGUGAAAUCAAGAUACAAACAGAGAAAGCCACUCAAGUGCCAAAGAAUGGAGCCAUGUCCACAUACCCUAAGAAGAGUGAGCACUAUCCAAAACCGAAGGAGGCCAUGAAACCAUCAAAGCUGAAACAUGAAGAUGUCUUCAAAGAUAUAAACUCAAUCCUUGCCGGUCAGGAUCCGGACCCAAAAGAAGAUCAUACCGCAAAGGAGAAGCUCGGGAACAGCUUAAACCUUUUGAGUGCUUUUGUCUUCAAAGAUGGAAAGGGAGAUGAUCUUGGAGUGCCCAAACCACCACAUGAUCCUCCUGAAUCAGAAAAUGAAGAAGCUAAAGGGAUCCCAAACCCUUUAGUUUAUCUUCCCCGGACCUAA